CACGUGCACACCCAGCAGCCGCCCAUAUAUGGGCAUGAGACAAACACGAUUACCGCCCCCCACCCAAUCGCACCACUGCAGCCGGGGGGAAAUCACAGGGGAGGGGAACAGUUGUCUUCACCAGGGCCAUUUUCCUUCCCUUUCCUCCCGUUUCUCCUGGAUUUCUCGCCAAUUCUAGGCAGAGGACGCCACCGACGUUUACCGCGAUCCACCUGCUGAAUUGCGCGGCACAAAAACACGGGUUUGGCCGGAGAAAACCUUAUCGGUGUCGGCCGCACCAUCUGGCCCACACAGCCGACAAAGACCAGCCCUUGGGGGUCAGAGUACGUGACGUGACCACCGCACGGCUGUAUGUAUGGAUGGGAACAGCAUAACCAUGGCAACCGUUCCCAAUCACAAGCCGGCGAACCUGGGCGAGCUGCAGCUGUACCGCGUGCUGCAGCGCGGGAACCUGCUGCAGUAUUUCGACGUCUUCAUCUCGCAGGGUGGGGACGACGUCCAGCAGCUCUGCGAGGCCGGGGAGGAGGAGUUUCUGGAGAUCAUGUCGCUGGUGGGGAUGGCCAGUAAACCCCUGCACGUCCGCAGACUCCAGAAAUCCCUCCAGGAGUGGGUCACUACGCCCGCUUUGUUCCAGGACGUCAUUCCGACCUCGCCCCACCAGAUCCCGAUCCCUCCGGGCGUAUCGCUGGGGCUGGCUAAUCAACAGGCGCAGGCGCAGCAGGUGUCGCCCAUGUCGUCGUCAUGGUCGCAGUCGUCUGUACGAGACGGACCGUUAGGGAUGCAGCCAUCGCCCCCGUCGCCUGGCAACAACAGCCUCUCCUUGCCCCCUACCUCCACCACCCCCCCACAGCGGUCCAUGUCACCGUCCAGUGUGGGGCGGAGCUCCAACAACUCUCCUGUCCUGAACAUGUACGAGUCGUCCAUCCUCGAACCCGGCACCGCCGCCGCCAUCAAGGAGGUGGCGUACGCCAUCGUACUGACGACGCGAAAGGACGGAGAGGAGCUCCCGAAAUCGUUGCCAAAGAAACUGGAGAAGCAGCUGAGGAAUGUGAUCGAGAUGUCCGAGGAAGACCCCAUGUUAGAGGAGGAGGUGCGGAAGUGGAGUGCCAUCUAUGGACGGUUUGACUCCAAACGGAAGUCUGAAAAACUCCUGACAUUACAUGAGAUCAUGGUGAACGAGGCAGCCUUUGCCCUGUGCAUGUAUGACCGCAUGUUGCUGUGUCGAAGGGAGGAGCUCUUCCCAUUGGCUCGGCAGGUCGUACGAGAAAGUGGCUACAAGUUCAAGCAUGGAAAGUCUCGAGCUUCAAGUUCUGCAUCCAAAGAUGUUGAAUGCUAUUCCAGGGCUAAGGAGGUUUCCCGACAAGCUGACUCGACGGGGACGUCACAGCCGCCAUGCAAGAAGGUCAAGCUGGAACCAGAGGGGUCAAAUGUCAAAGCUGACAACGAACACACGCGCACAGUACAGGCAGAACUCUCCAAAAUUAAGAGACAGGAAAGAAUGACAGAGAUCUCGGAGACACUUAAGGACAAGCGAGACAAGUUGGAAGUUUGUAAGGAGAGGAUACAGAAUGCCAAGGACUCGGAGGACUAUCCUUGUGUGGCUGACCUACAGAUGGAACUUGAGCAGCUGACCAAUGAGCAGCUGGCUCUCAUGACAGAACAAGCUGAUCUAAUCAGACAACAGAAGAGAUCUGACAAGUACUACAGAACAAAAGCCCGCAUGCAGGAACAGAACGGAGAUGAGGACAGUAGUGACAUGAAACAGGAGUCAGCUGACGAUGGCACAGACAUCAGCAUCAAACAGGAACCUCCAGAUGAAGACGACACCUGUGUCACAGGAGCAGACUCCUCUCUACUGUCCAGUCGUGGGUCCUCCCCAUCCAGGGACCUGCCUGAAGUCUCACACACACACACCAGGACACCCAGGAAAAGUGCUCUUCCAACUAAGAGACUUGUACAGGAAACACUCAUGGAAGAAGGCUUAAGAUUAGCACAAGAGCAUCUUCAGUCUGAGGAGAUGGCGUCUAACGGCAGAGCGAGCUCUGAGCAGGAUGAGAGCGAUCACGCCAAAACACGAGAGGGGCCCACUCUUCGGAAACUCAUAAAGCAAGAGACGUGACAUUUAUAAAAAGCAAUAUAGAACAGACCAUAAGAGUAUGUCCAUGAUGGUUAGACAUCUGGGUAGAACAGUACAUGUACAUUUUACGUACAUGCAAUGCAAAAGAAAUCAAGCAACUUUUUUGAAGAGUAGGACAUUUUAGAUAGC